CUUGUUACUACACUUUCCAAAGUACUUGAUAAAUCCUAACAGAAAGUUAAAGCUUCUGCUUAACACUGCUUAAAAGUUGGUUAGAGUAAAUUUUAUUGCAUACGUUUUGUGUUUUUCUUCAUUAUAAGUACCAUGGCAUCAGAGAAAGUUAUAUUCGUAGCGGUCUGCAUUAUUCUCGUCGGUUUGGUGGUAUCCUAUCCGGCUCCUGAAACCGAUAGUGGAGAAGAGGACUCUGACCGUUAUCACGGACAUCACAAUCACAGCACGCACAAUGAAGAAGAUGACGUGCUGGACAACAACAAAGUGACCUGUGACCUUUUGGGAGGGAUGGGCAUCGGACCGAUCUCGCUGGGUGUGAAUACCCUGUGCGCCUUGCACUGUGGUCAGAUCAAAUGCAAAAGCGGAGGCUCCUGCAAGGACGGCGUGUGCGUGUGCCGCAAAAGCCCGGCCAGCUGCUGGAUCUACCUGUGCAAAGGAUGCAAAUGGUAAACCUACACAUCAGCACCGCCAAUCCAACGCCGUUGUAAAUAGUUUACCGAAUUGUACAUUUGUUUACCGGUACGUCUGCCUAAGUAGUGUAAGUUAACCCAGUCUUGUAAUUGCUCGAAUUGUUAAUUAUUCUUUCAGUCGCAGAAAUCAGUAUUAUUUUAAAUUUUAUGCGUAGUCAAUAGUCAUAUACCGCUUCCAUGAAGCAUUAUUUUAGUAACUUGCAUUUCUGCAUCAUAUGCUGCUGCUAUCUGUUAAUUGGUUAACGUAUCUGGCAAAAGCUGUCAUCUUUUUUUAUUAUUUCUUAUAUUACGUCUCUGCUACCCUAUAAUGUUUAUGACUAAAGUUUCGUGACUGUUUAUGUUCAUUUAUACAUGUUUCUGUUUAUGUUUAAGGUUUGGCGGUUGAAAGCAGUAUUAGCAAUAAAGUAGUAAUACAAA